AUGGACAUGGACUCUCUCUCAUCACUCAAACUGAAGCCUUGUCGUGGCAUGAUCUCAACCUUCAGCCUGCACUGCAAAAGUCAUCUCAAACAAAAUCCUGGUAGGGAGGUCUUUGAAGAAAACAAAGAGAUAAAGAGUCAUAUGUCCAAAUUGAUGAGCUCCUUGAGUGUGAAUGAGCAAGGAAAGUUCCCUUCUCAAGCUCAGUUCGCACCCCGUGGUCAACACGUGGCACAAGAGAAUUUGAAGGAUGUGAAUGCCAUUGUGACACAAAGUGGUAAGUCUUUACACAUCCCAACAAUGAAAAAAUCAGAGGAUGUGGAAGAUGAUCAAAGCAAUAGUGGUGUCGAGCUGCCCAAAGAAGCAUAUUUAAUAAAGAGCUCAGUUAAGGUGCCAUUUCCUCAAGUUUUAAAACCGAAUAAGCGAACUUUGGAUCCUAACAAUGAAAUCUUGAAGAACCUCAAGCAGGUAGGCAUUUCCUUGCCACUGUUAAUGCUCUUAUUAAUUGUACAAAUGAGCUUAUAAAGCUGUCCUUUGGAAAGAUGACUCUUGAGGUGAAUAUCUUCCAUAUUGCAAAACAACCAGAAGAUGAUGACGAGAGCCACCAGACAUACAUGAUUGACUCACUCAUGGAUAGGGGAGUUUCUUUAGCUCAUGAUUUUGGUCCCCUUGAGUAUUUUCUAGUUAAUUAUGAGUUUGAUUCUAUCAGUGAUUCAUCUGAUGUAGUUGAUACUUGUGCUAUUUUUUAUAGAACUCGGGAUUAUGGCACUCGGGCAUGGCAACUGAAGUUUGAGGAGUUGCUUGAGAAAAGUGAAAAACAAAUUCCUUCAAGUGUGGAAACACCCAAAGUUAAAAUGAAGCCUCUGCCUAAGGGUUUAAAGCAUGUUUUCCUUAGUCCAGGUGAAACUUUUCCAGUUAUUAUCUCAUCUGAAUUGUCUGAGUCUCAAGGUGAGAAAUUAAUUUGGACCCUAAGUGAGCAUAAGUCAGCCUUAGGUUGGAGCAUUGCUGAUAUAAAGGGUGUUAGUCCCUUGGUCUGUUCUCAUAAAAUUAAUUUGGAGGAAGGAACUAGCCCUUGUAGAGACCCCAGCAUAGGCUUAAUCCUACUAUGAAAGAAGUGGUGAAGAAUGAAGUGUUGAAACUAUUAAAUGCAAGAAUCAUAUAUCAUAUUCCUGAUAGUAAAUGGGUAAGUUCUACACAGGUUGUUCCUAAAAAGUCAAGUGUUAUUGUGGUGAAGAAUGACCUGGGAGAGUUAGUCCCAACAAAACUUGUGAAUGGGUGGUGGAUGUGCAUUGAUUACAAAAAAUUGAAUGCUGCCACCUGGAAAGACCAUUUUCCUCUCCCUUUUAUUGAUCCAAUUCUUGAGUAUGUGGCUGGUCAUCCUUUCUAUUGUUUCUUGGAUAACCAUUCUGGUUAUUAUCAAAUUGAAAUUGCAUUAGAAGACCAGGAUAAAACCACUUUCAGUUGUCUUUUCGGUACUUAUGCUUUUCGUAGAAUGUCAUUUGGAUUGUGUAAUGCACUUGCUAUUUUUCAACGUUGCAUGAUGAGAAUUUUUAGUGACAUGGUUGAAAAUUGCAUAGAAGUUUUUAUGAAUGACUUGACUAUUUUUAGAUCUUUUUUUGAUGCAUGCUUAUUGAAUUUAUAGAGGGUGUGACUCGUUGUGAGGAGAAGGAAUUGGUUUUGAAUUGGGACUUUAUGGUACCUUCAGGUAUUGUCUUAGGGCAUAUUAUUUCUUCUAGGGAGAUAGAGGUUGAUCAAUCUAAGAUUGAAUUAAUCUCUAAGUUGCCUACACCUAGGGAUGUGAGAUCCUUUUUUGGUCAUGUGGGCUUUUAUAGGAGAUUCAUACAAAAUUUUUCUACCAUAUCUAGACCACUAUGUGACCUCUUAGCUAAAGAUGUCCCGUUUGAGUGGACACAAGCUUGUCAAGAGGCUUUUAAAAUGCUAAUUGGCAAACUUACCUUAGUACCCAUAAUGCAGCCACCUGAUUGGACUUUAUCUUUCGAGAUCAUGUGUGAUGCCAGUGAUUUUGCUGUAGGUGCUGUUCUUCGACAGUGAAGGGAGGGGAAGCCUUUUGUUAUUUACUAUGCUAGUAGAACUCUAAAUAGUGCUCAGAUGAAUUACUCCACCACUGAAAAAGAGUUGCUAGCUGUAGUGUUUGCUUUGGAUAAGUUUGGUGCUUACUUGAUUGGCUCUCCUAUUAUUAUUUUCACAGAUCAUGCAACCCUUAAUUACCUUUUUACAAAGAAGGAUGCUAAGGCAUGAUUAAUAUGGUGAAUUUUACUUUUAUAGGGAUUUGACAUCACCAUCAGAAAGGAGUGGAGAACGUAGUGGCUGACCAUCUCUCGAGGCUCACAUUUAAGGACACCUCUGACCACUUGCUAAUCAGGGAUGAUUUUCCUGAUGUGCAUUUACUAUCUAUUACUUCUCUACCAUGGUUUGCUUAUAUUGUGAAUUAUUUGACUGCAUGUGAGAUACCAGUGGAUUGGAGUGCUUAAGACAAGAGGAAGUUCAUGACUAAGGUACUUAAUUUCUAUUGGGAUGACCAUUUUCUUUUCAAAUACUGUCCUGAUCAAAUUUUAAGGAGUUGCAUCCCUAAUGAAGAGAUUGCUAGCAUCUUGGAAUUUUGUCACUCCCAAGCUUGUGGGGGCCACUUUUCAAUGAAUAAAACAGCUGUAAAAAUUUUGCAGUGUCUAUUUUAUAUGUCCACCUUGUUUAAGGAUGCAAACAUCUAUUAUCGCUCAUGUGAAAAGUGUCAAAAGUUAGGAGUUAUAUCCCGUCGUAAUAUGAUGCCCUUAAACCCAAUUUUAGUGA